AUGACUGUUACAUUUGCAAGCAUUGUAAAGAGAAAUGUAGACGGCAUCAACAAUGAGGUCAAGGUAGUACAGAAAACUCUUGCUGAAGUGAAUGAAACAAAGGAGAAAGAAACAAACUUGAUUAUAUUUCGCUUAAAAGAGGGCGAAAACGAUCGUGCUAAUGUUGAGACAAUAUUUAAAAACUUAACAGAUGAUGUAACGGAAAAAAAUAUUCUUAAGAUAACACGGCUUGGUAAGAAGGAUGAAAAUAAAAUCAGACCUUUGUUGGUAAAACUUGAAAAUAUUGGGAUCAAAAAUUUAAUAAUGAAAAACGUGUAUAAAAUAAAAUCACUGGCUGAAGAAUAUGCAGGCAUUGGACUAAGCGAUGACUUAACAAAAGAACAAAGACAGGAAUACAAGAUGCUGAGGACCGGUUGGAAGAUGGAAAAUAGUGUCGUUUCCAAUGAAAACGAAACAAAAUACACCAGUAGCAUAAGCACGGAAGAGGUGAUGUCUAGAAAUGAUGUGAUGAGUGAUUGUAAUGUAUUGCUGGGAAUGUUAAACAUUAGAUCAAUUAAUUCAAACUCGGAUAAAGUUUACGAAAUGAUUCAAGACGGCUUAGACAUUCUUGUUUUGGUAGAAACGUGGCAUGGUUCAACAGAAAAUAUUGAUCUGCCUCCUUUUGACACGUUCGAAGUUGUCGCUCUCAAAUUUGUUAUAAACAGUAAAGGUUUUGUUUUGUUAUCUCUAUACAGACCUGGUUCAGUUCAAGUGAAUGCAUUAUUUUUCGAAGAAUUGUCAAAAGUUUUAGAUAACAUAACACUCCUAAGUUCGAGCAUAUUACUUCUUGAUCUAUUUGAAACGUUUAAUUUAACCAACCUGAUCAGUGAGCCAAUUCACGAACAAAGUGGAACACUCGACCUGGUUGUUUGUUCUGAAAAUUUUCAUGUUUCAGUUAGUAAUAUAUUUCCUAGUGGUGUGUACUCCGACCACAGUUUGAUACAUCUCAUAGCUGCUACAGGUCACCGGCCUGCGCCAGGUGUGAGCUGUUUUAUUAUUAUCGGAAAGUUCACUACAUUUUAA